AUGCGCUCUCUUGUCUUUGCAGCAGUUUCAUGUCUCCCUGCUAUCAUUGCAGCAGCAGACCCUCCUGAUCUCGGUUUUGAUAAACUCUGGUCCUUGGAGAACAAUAUCUGGACGAACUUCCUUUACCCAGCUAAUCUGAAGCAAAUCAACGCAACAGAUGACUCCGUAUUCACCGAAGAUGUCCAAGGACGUGUCGAUAUUACACGUACCUUUCCCGGCCGAGAACUGAACAACGAAUACAUUUUCGGCCUUUUUUCACAGCCAGACUCCCUCAGUUUAACUGGUGUCGCAAUCAACUACACUAUCACACAGUUCGUCGCCAACCAGAACAUGGCCUCGGCUACGACAGUGAUCACUUUCAAUUCGACUUCGUUCGGUGUUCUUCUCCCGCUGACCGUUGACUCGUGGAUGGCCUUCAAUGAAGAUGGCAAGGUCACCCAAUACGAUGCUACCUUCCGUUGGUUCGACUGGUUCGUUAAAACACUGUUUGAAGCUGCAGCGGUGAAGUUCAAUACGACGGAUCCAGUUGUGAUUAAGGAAAAUUUGACUAAGGUGCUGGCGGAGGCUAUCUGCGAGACUAGCGAGAAUUACUGCAAGGAUACUAAUAAGCAGUAUGAGAAUCGCCAACAGUGUAUGGAUGUCUUGACGAAGGAGAAGAGGUUCGGGGACCCAUAUGAGCUGGGAAGAGAUACCUUGCUUUGCCGGGAGGUGCACAAGCAUAUGGUGCAGUACCGACCAAAGGAGCAUUGCCCACAUAUCGGACCGAGUGGCGGAGAUAUGUGCGUGGAUGACAAGUCUUACGUGCAAACAGUUCUGGAGUCAUACUUCCCUCAGUCGUGGAUUGCCAAUGGUUAUGGGGAUGAUAACAUCUGGGUGAAGAAGUGA